AUGCCCUCUAAGUCAAAAAGGAUUACCGAUUUGCUUGAAAACGAAAGUUUGGUUACAUUUUCUUUUGAAGUGACACCCGAUGUAUCUGAAGAUGAACUGGAUAAAGUAGAUUUGCACCCAAUAUUUUAUUCUAUAACUUGGCAUGCUACUGCCUAUCAGUACAAAGAUUUGGACAUUGCCCCGUUGAGAUUAGCUAGUUUUUUAAGACAAAAAGAAAAACUUGUUUUACUGCAUCUAUCGUGUAAUUUCAUGAAAAAAGAAUAUUUAAAUGAUUUAUUGCCAUGGCUGCAAGAAAAGGGCAUUUGCAAUUUAUUUAUAAUCUUAGGAGAAUCUUUCGAUCCCAGUGUAUCAGAAUUCCAUACGAGCCAAGAAAUGAUUGUGUAUAUAAGAGAGAAAACAGGAGACUAUUUUUGUAUAGGAGUGGCUGGUUAUCCUUCCAGUGAAUAUAAAAUUUCAACAUUAAAGGAAAAAGUGUACAGUGGCGCCGAUUUUAUUAUUACUCAAGCUUUUUUUGAAGCCAAUAUUUUUAAAUUAUUUGUAAAAAAAUGUAAAGAUGAGAAUAUUAACGUGCCAAUCAUACCGGGAAUAUUCCCUUUCCAGUCGCAAGCGGAAUUAAAUGGAUUUUUGAAAUUGUGCAAAGUUGUUGUAUCAGACGAAUUUAUGCAGAAAGUAAAAAACAAUUCUAAUAACGAAUCAGACAUUUUAGAACUCUUAUUACUUGAAUUACGAAAUGAUUUGCAUGUAAAACAUUUUCAUUUCUUUACAAUAAACAAAGUAGGCAUAAUAUGUGACUUAAUUAAAAAAAUCUUUUAA